AUGGCGCUGACAUUCAGCGGCGUUGAGCAUCCUGCGUUGAGCAUCCUGGGCAUCCUCUCUCCUGGUAAAGCCAAAGGACAAUUUCCCCAGAACUUUGACAACCCUCACACAUCCAUCAAACUCUCUCUAGAACACUCCCAUACCAGGGUCAUCCUGUCUCUUGCUUGUGACAGGGAUCUACAGUGCGGAGGUGGCAUGUGCUGUGCUGUCAGUCUCUGGAUUCGCAGCCUCCGAAUGUGCACGCCAAUGGGUGACUUGGGAGAAGAAUGCCAUCCGUUGAGUCAUAAAAUCCCAUUCUUUGGAAGAAGAAUGCAUCACACCUGCCCGUGUCUGCCUACCCUAGCCUGCCUUCGGAUAUCUCCUAGCAGAUUCAAAUGUCUACCAGAGUUCAGAAACGAAGAUGUCUAUUUUUAGCAGGAGCUGUUCUUAACCAGAAACAGCCACUUCAUGUAUUUAUAUUUUUCCUUGUUAUUGUGAUGAACAAGUUAUUUGCUAGAGGAAAUACUUUAACAUACUUUCUUGCCUUGUAAAUGUUGAAAACAAACAUUGAGUUAUUGUGGUGUCACGGACAAGAUUUUCAAAAGGGACUGCUGAUGUCAGAUGCUUCCAUUUCUGAAUGCCCAAACUGAGAUAUCUUAAAGGGAUAUGAUUGGCAGUUUCAUAGCACUUUCUUGAAAUCAUGCCCAUUUAAAUGUCUGAGCUAUGGGGCCCAUACAUGGAGGAAUCCAAAAUCACUAGUUACUUGGUAACUCUUGGUCAGUAUUUUUAUACUUGAAUAGGCUUGAUUUAAAAUGUGAUGGGAGGGUGUUAUACAGAAAUAUAGACCAAGGCAAAAGAUGACUGCCAAAAAAGUGUAUUUAAAUUAAAUUUGGUACCUUUAUUGUAAUUAUUAUAGUAUUUGUAGGUUGGGUGCAUCACUACAUUAAUAAUUUAAUCAAUAGGUGUAGCGUUUACAUUUUUAAAAACUGUUGCAUUAAACCAAAGCGUCUAAGUGUAAAAAGUGUUCAAAGAAUUCUGUAUGUUGUUUUAGUGUUCAAAGAGAAGAAAGACUUGUUCCUUAACCUGGAGUAAAACUCGCUGCUCAUCUUAAAUGAUGUAUUAAAUUGUAGUCUAUAUUUAAAAAGAAACCCUAAAAUCUAUUCUAAUGGGCCACCGGACUUCUUGUCAUGUACGUGUAUUAAUAUUGCUCUGUAAAAAUUCUGUAUCAGAAUAA